AUCUAUAUAUAAAACCCUCAACUAAUUGUUCAGACAAGUCAAAGUGAUCAUCCAUCCACUUUACUAAAAAGUUUAUUCCCGGUUGGAUUUACAAAAAAAAAUGGCUUGGUUUGUUUCCCAAGAUGUUGCGGCUGAGAAAGUUGACGCCAUGAGGAGGUUCGAGAGAACGAGAUACUUGUGGAAGUUUCUUCCAGUGGUUGAAGCUUUUGUCGUCGUGUUACUUCUCCUCUCUUGGUUGACGCCGUCUCUUUCCGUGGGUGAGUACCUCCAGCGGAUUCUUUCCGGUGGUUGGACCGGUUGUGCAUUCAUAUUCGUCAUUGUGAACGUUCUCAUCGCCCUUAUUUUCUCCUUAUCUAACCACCACCAAAAAGUAACCGAACCCGAUCUGUAUUUUCAAUCCGUUUCUUCCUCCAAAACCACCAAUACUCUCGGUGGUUUAUCCUCCGCAACCACCACCACUCCUCUCGGUGGUUAUUCUUCCUCCUCCGCCGUCGUCUCUAAACCGCCGGAGUCAGAAAACGAAGAAAAGACUUCAGGUGAAAAGUCAGGGACGGACUUGAGCUCCGUUACACUAACCGCCGAAGAGGCUCGACCGGUGAGGCGAGAGAUGGUCCGGGCGGUCAGUUCCGUGGCGGAGACAGCUCAUGUCAUAAGAAGGAAGAAUGAAAUGACUUUUCUGCCCCCAAUCGCUACUGAGAGUAGUAGUGAUCAUCAGGUUUACAGGAGGUCGAGAUCAGAGAGGCUUGAUGUGCGGGGAGAGUUUCGUAGGAGCAUGAGACGGUUGUGUGACAUGGAUGAUCUGAGUAGUGAUGAGUUUAGAUCGACGGUGGAGACAUUUAUAGCUGGGAAGAAGAAGAUGCUGUUGAAGGAAUGGAUGAAGCCGUGAAAUAUUACUAGGAACACGACUUCUA